UCUUGUUGGUAUGUGUAGCGGCAGUGGCCGCCGGCCGAGCAGUCUGAGCCCGACGAUGAGGCCGGGAACUGGAGCCGAGCGUGGAGGCCUCAUGGUGAGAGAAAUGGAGAACUUGCGUCCCUCGCGGGGUCCGGGGUGCGAGGAGGGACGGUGGUCCGGGUCCCACCUCCGCUGCAGCUCUGAGGUGUCUGCCGACGGCUUCCUCGGGCGACAGGCCUCGAUGGGCCACCCUGGCAUGCAUUAUGCCCCAAUGGGAAUGCACCCUAUGGGUCAGAGAGCAAAUAUGCCUCCUGUACCUCAUGGAAUGAUGCCACAGAUGAUGCCCCCCAUGGGAGGGCCGCCAAUGGGACAAAUGCCUGGAAUGAUGUCUUCAGUAAUGCCUGGCAUGAUGAUGUCCCAUAUGUCACAGGCUUCCAUGCAGCCUGCUUUACCGCCAGGAGUAAAUAGUAUGGAUGUAGCAGCAGGUGCAACAUCUGGCGCAAAAUCAAUGUGGACUGAACAUAAAUCACCUGAUGGAAGGACUUACUACUAUAAUACUGAAACAAAACAGUCUACCUGGGAGAAACCAGAUGAUCUUAAGACACCUGCUGAGCAACUAUUAUCUAAAUGCCCCUGGAAGGAAUACAAAUCUGAUUCUGGAAAGCCUUACUAUUACAAUUCUCAAACAAAGGAAUCCCGCUGGGCCAAACCCAAAGAACUUGAGGAUCUUGAAGGAUACCAGAAUACCAUUGUUGCUGGAGGUCUUAUUACAAAAUCAAACCUGCAUGCAAUGAUCAAAGCUGAAGAAAGCAGUAAGCAAGAAGAGUGCACCACAACAUCAGCAGCCCCGGUUCCUACAACAGAAAUUCCAACUACAAUGAGUACCAUGGCUGCUGCAGAAGCAGCAGCUGCUGUUGUUGCUGCAGCAGCCGCAGCAGCAGCAGCUGCUGCAGCAGCCAAUGCCAAUUCUUCCACUUCUACUUCUAAUACUGUGGGUGGAACUGUUCCAGCUGUUCCUGAGCCUGAAGUUACUUCCAUUGUUGCUACUGUUGUAGAUAAUGAAAGUACUGUAACCAUUUCAACUGAGGAACAAGCACAACUUGCUAGUACCCCUGCUGUUCAGGAUCAGAGUGUUGAAGUAUCCAGUAAUACUGGAGAAGAAACAUCUAAGCAGGAAACUGUAGCUGAUUUUACUCCCAAAAAAGAAGAGGAUGAAAAUCAACCAGCAAAAAAAACAUAUACUUGGAACACAAAAGAGGAGGCAAAGCAAGCAUUUAAAGAAUUAUUGAAAGAAAAGCGGGUACCAUCAAAUGCUUCCUGGGAACAAGCUAUGAAAAUGAUCAUUAAUGAUCCACGAUACAGUGCUUUGGCAAAAUUGAGUGAAAAAAAGCAGGCGUUUAAUGCCUAUAAAGUCCAGACAGAAAAAGAGGAAAAAGAAGAAGCAAGAUCAAAAUACAAAGAGGCUAAGGAGUCCUUUCAGCGUUUCCUUGAAAAUCAUGAUAAAAUGACUUCUACAACCAGAUACAAGAAAGCAGAGCAAAUGUUUGGAGAGAUGGAAGUCUGGAAUGCAAUAUCAGAACGUGACCGUCUUGAAAUUUAUGAAGAUGUUCUGUUUUUUCUUUCAAAGAAGGAAAAGGAACAAGCAAAGCAGUUACGAAAGAGGAACUGGGAAGCCUUAAAAAAUAUACUUGACAACAUGGCUAAUGUAACAUACUCUACAACUUGGUCUGAAGCCCAGCAGUAUUUGAUGGAUAAUCCAACAUUUGCAGAAGAUGAGGAGUUACAGAAUAUGGACAAAGAAGAUGCAUUAAUUUGCUUUGAAGAACACAUUCGGGCUUUAGAAAAGGAAGAAGAAGAAGAAAAGCAGAAGAGUUUACUCAGAGAAAGAAGACGACAGCGCAAAAAUAGAGAAUCUUUUCAGAUAUUUUUAGAUGAAUUGCAUGAACAUGGACAGCUACAUUCUAUGUCAUCCUGGAUGGAAUUAUAUCCAACUAUUAGUUCUGACAUUAGAUUCACCAAUAUGCUUGGUCAGCCUGUUUUUUCAUUAGGAUCAACUGCACUUGAUCUUUUCAAGUUUUAUGUUGAGGAUCUUAAAGCACGUUAUCAUGAUGAAAAAAAGAUAAUAAAAGACAUUCUAAAGGAUAAAGGAUUCGUAGUUGAAGUGAAUACUACUUUUGAAGAUUUUGUGGCAAUAAUUAGUUCAACAAAACGAUCAACUACAUUAGAUGCAGGAAACAUCAAGUUAGCCUUCAAUAGUUUGCUAGAGAAGGCAGAAGCCCGUGAACGUGAAAGAGAAAAGGAGGAGGCCCGGAAGAUGAAACGGAAAGAAUCUGCAUUUAAGAGUAUGUUGAAACAAGCUGCUCCUCCAAUAGAGUUGGAUGCUGUCUGGGAAGAUAUCCGGGAGCGGUUUGUAAAAGAGCCAGCAUUUGAGGACAUAACCCUGGAGUCUGAAAGAAAAAGAAUAUUUAAAGAUUUCAUGCAUGUGCUUGAGCAUGAAUGUCAGCAUCACCAUUCAAAGAACAAGAAACAUUCUAAGAAAUCUAAAAAACAUCAUAGGAAACGUUCCCGCUCUCGAUCCGGGUCAGAUUCAGAUGAUGAUGACAGCCAUUCAAAGAAAAAAAGACAGCGCUCGGAGUCGCGUUCAGCUUCGGAGCAUUCUUCCAGUGCUGAAUCUGAGAGAAGUUACAAGAAGUCAAAAAAGCACAAGAAGAAAAGUAAGAAGAGGAGACAUAAAUCUGACUCCCCAGAAUCAGAUACUGAGCGUGAGAAGGAUAAAAAAGAAAAAGAUCGGGAAAGCGAAAAAGAUAGAACUAGACAAAGAUCAGAAUCAAAACACAAGUCACCUAAGAAAAAGACUGGGAAAGAUUCUGGAAAUUGGGAUACUUCUGGCAGUGAACUGAGCGAAGGGGAAUUAGAAAAGCGCAGAAGAACCCUUUUGGAGCAACUGGAUGAUGAUCAAUAAAUUAUACCAAAUAUAUGUUUACAGUAUGAUUUAAAGUCUAAUUCAGUCCAGGGAUUCUAUUUUAAGUUCAGUUUAAAUAACACUGGGUUUUAAUUAUCACAGAAAAAAAAGUGCAUUUAAGUAUUGUUAUUGUGGACUUUAUAAAAGCAAAAGAACUGAAAAUAACUUCUGAUUCUGUAUCAAGAAUCAUAUUUUCAUACGGUCAUACAGCUGUGUCUGUGACCCUUUUACAGGGCACUGCAGGGUGGAUUAAAGGUGGCAAUUUACUGAGAACUGCAGAUGUCUCUACUUUGUUCUGAAGUCAUGAGGUGAUUUGAUUUACUUUAUAGAAGUUGGAUUUUGAAGACAUAAUGAAAAUUUUUGAUAAUACAGUAGUACAAAAAAAGCACCAGCAACUGAUAAAACUGCUUUUUGUGCAUUACCCAACUGGUUAAAGCCAAUGUGAUCUUUUAUGGUGAGCUGCUAAGAAAUAGGUGUUUUUGAUGGAAACUUGGUUAGACCCUUUAAAACUACAGACUUGUGCUAAUGAGCACAUAUAAUAAAGCCACCAUUAUUUUUUAUGAAACAUCAGACUACAUUUUAAAAAGGCUAUGUGAGGGCAUUAUUUUGAGCUUCUAUUUUGAGGUAAUAUUUUUAAAGUUAACAUCAAAUCAAAUUGUAAAUUAGUUUAAAUAUAUUGCCUUAAGGACCUACUAAAGAAUGUGCCACCAAACUUUAAGUGAUAGUUGCAAUAUCCUUGUCUAAAAAGAAAAUCAAUGUUGACUUAAACAUUCUUUAACAGUUGUCUUGAUUUUUUUUUUUAAACCAAUUUUUUUUCCACUGAGGAAGUCUUUUACCUUCCCUACUCACUGAGAAGUAUUGGCUUGGCUUCAUGGUACACAUUCUAAAGCAUUUCUGAUUUGAAUAUUUUUGUACAUUUUUAUCAAUUAUUAAACCUUCUCUUCUA